AUGGCUUCUCCUCUGAAAGACGUGGCUACAAUGCCCGAGGGAGCCCAGGGUGACAAGUUGAGCGACACAGCCGAACAGGCACACGUCGCUACGGACGAAGCGGGUAACGACACUGCGGCAACCACUGCUGGUAUCGAGUGCGGACAGGAGAACCAAGAACGGGAACCUUCUGACGACGAAUCUGAGGGCGAGAUCCCGUUCGAACCUUUCGACAUCAACGACGACGGUCGGAUCCUCAAGACAGCGAGCCAGUGCUCACGAGGAUCAUGGAAACGCCCUGAGGCGGGGUGGGACGUGACCGUAACCGUGCACCGCUUCUGCGAACUGUCCCCGUCGAAGGAGGAAGAAACACCAACGGAUACCGACGGCGUGAAAGAAGUCCCCAACAAAGAUGCAAGAGAGAUGGUAAGGCAGGUUGAGCCCGAGUUCUUGCAGCUAGAGUUCAGACUGGGGGAGGACGAAGAGGAAGGCUUUCCGCAGGAAGUACUCCAACAGGCGAACGCCGCAGGGGUGGAACUCAAUCCCUUGCUGCACUGCGGGAUCGAGACCAUGGGCAGAAACGAGCUUGCGACCUUCGUCGUGACCACCGAAGGCAUCGUUGAUGCCGCCCAAGAGAACGCCGCCGAUAGCAGCAGCAAGCCACCGGCCGACCGUCGCUUCGAGUAUGUUAUCUCUCUCGACGACUGGAUGGAGGAGGUCGAUCUUAGCGAGCUGCAGGAUAACUCGUUGAUGAAGCGCGUCUUGCGGGAGGGCGACGGCGUGACGCGGCCGGUGGAGAUCGGCGGGGUGACCGUACGGUGCCGCGUGAUUCGUAUGCCGAUAGCCCAAGAGCCCGCUGAGCAGCAGCAGCAGCAGGGAGACGACAACGGCGAAACCGUCGUGUUCGACAACCUCCAGAGCCAGGAAGAGGCGCCCGGGAGCAACGGCGACGACGAUGGAGGAAGCGACGGCCUCAAAGGACCCCUGAGCUUCGUGCUGGACGACUGCCCCUUCGGGCCCGGCGUAAUGGCCGUCGUGAAGAGCAUGAGCAAGGGCGAGCAGUGCGACGCCUGGUUGGACCCCAAGUACGGUCCGGUUGACCACCUAGAUGACGGACGGUUUUACCACCAAGUGGUUCUGGAGCUUGUGGAAGUGGAAGAGCUUCCCCCGGUGUUUGCCGCAGAGGAGGUUCGCCUUGAGAUGUCCAGCAGAUUCAAGGUCGAGGGGAACGAGAAGUUCAUCGCCGGUGACUACCCCAGUGCGUCACGACGCUAUGAGAAGGCAAUCAAGUACGCCGACGGGGUGCCGCCAGGCCAAGACUCCGAAGACGGCGGCGGUGACGGGGACGAGACCAGCAGCUCCUCCUCGGACACGACGCAGGCCAACGACGAUGCUAACCGCAACGACAGCCAGGGAGGAAAGCACGGGGACGAAUUCGUUGACCUGCAGGUCGCCGUCCUGUGCAACCAAGCCGCGUGCUUCCUCAAGAUGGGGCAGGCGCUUUCCGCUCUGGCAGCGGCCGAACGCGCGUCUUCUCUCAAGGCCGUUGCCGCUGAUUGCCCCGCCGGGAUCAAGGCCGCCUACCGCCGGGCGUGCGCGCUGGAGGCGGUCGGGGACUGGGGAGAGGCGCGCCGCGUGUUUAGGAGCGUUCUGGACGUGGACCCGAAGAACUCGCAGUGCCGUCAGGGCCUCGCGCGCCUCGCCCGCGCGGAAAAGGCAUACGAGGCGAACCUGCGCAAGACGUUCGGCGGCUGCCUUGCGUCCGACAAGCUCAAGGGUUUCGCUUCGGAAGGUCGCGAAGUGCCGGAGUCAUCGCCCCGCCCGGGAAACGACGACGACUUCUACGGCGGCCGCGACUCGGACCAAGACGGCCCGUGGACCGAGGGGAGCGAGAGCGGAUCAUCGGAGAGCGGAGACGAAUCCAGCAGCGACGGCGGUGACGAGGAGAAGGAAAAGAAGAGGGUCGACGCUCUGUACGACCUGGCUACCCACGAGGGCGGCGGUGGUGGUGAAGCAACCGCGGAGGAUAACACGACGGUGACGGAUGCAACGGAGCCCGGAAAGGAAGCGGCAAGCGCGGUCCCCGCGGCGGCGGCGGUGGCAGGAGCUGCUCCUUGUUCUGAACCUGCCACUGCGUGCGAAGUUAUCCCCCUCUCGUCGCUGCCGGAUCUUGCGAAGGAAUUCGCGGUCGCCAGCGAUUCCACCGGGGAGGCAGAUGGCCUGGCCGGCAAGGAGUGCGCCAACAACGCCGGAGCCCAGGCAGGCGACGUCGCCGCCGAGGGGUAG